CCUGUUGGUCCUGUUGGUCCUGUUGGUCCUGUUGGUCCUGUAGGUCCUGUAGUUGGUCCUGUAGGUCCUGUUGGUCCUGUUGGUCCUGUUGGUCCUGUU